CUAUUAAAGAUGAAAAAACGAUGGAGAUUAGGUUUAAACGUGAAUGCAUGAAAUUUUUUUUUCAUCAAGAAGGUUUUCCUUAUGUAUCUUCACCUGUAAAAUUAGAUGAAGAUCCGACCAAAGGGAAAUUUGCUUUUUGUGAGAGAAUGGUUGUAAAAGCUUUACAUGCUUCUGAUUUUGGAUUUUUGAAAAAGAUUAAAUUUGAAAUGAGACAGAUUGAAAAUGCAUCAAGAUUAAAAAGAAUUCAAAAUAUGAAAUUGUCCACUGAAGAAACUAGAUCUGUUACUCGUAAAGUUACUACUUCGUUCCGCAAGAUCAAGACAAAAAACAAUUCAAACUUUAAUAAAAGCAAUAAAUUCGAUCAUGGAUGUGAAAUUAAUUUAGAUUGGAAUUCGCAAAAUCGUCGACAAAAACAUGUGAAUGGUCAACAACAUCAAAAGAGCAAAGUUCAGCAUAAUGAAUAUAUUCCUAAUAAUAGAAUGAAUCGUUCUAAUGAAAAAAACUCCAUCUACGAAAAUGAUAAUAUUUAUAAGAAACCAAAAGAACCGGAGAAGUUAUAUAUUACGGUUACUUUUCCAACGCGAAAAUAUGUCAUGUUUUAUCCAAUUGAUGGUUCGUUAUAUUAUCUUCAAAUGCAACUUAAAAAUCGAUUUGAAAAAAG